AACAUGAGGGAAAAAAGUUGUGAAAAAAAAGUGCCAAAACGAAAAGAUUCCAAUAGUUUACGUCAUCGUGUGCUUUUUUCUGAAAAGGAAAAAAAACAACCGCCAUCUGUCAAUUAUGGCCUACUAAAUGACUCAUAUUUUACACUAACGAAUCAACAAUCCAAUGCAUCCCAAGAAUUCAAUUUCGAACAUUUGGUAUCUAAUUUGGCUAAUCAAUCGAAUGUUGGAACAUUAAAAAGCUAUCUUGAAGGUUUAGGAGGUCAAGAAGCAUUAAAAAAACCUGAAUCUAAAGCGAAACUUAACAAGUUGGAACGUCAAGCGAAUUAUGCCCAUGUGCGUCGUGGCGUCAGAAAAUGGUUACCUCAAAUACACCGAAACGCAAUCGCAGAACAAUUAACUUUUGGAAAUUUUUUAACCGAUGUAAAAGAUUCAACAGCGUCUUUAUCUUCUUAUUUUAAGCCAAUAAGUUCUUUUGAGAAAACGCUUGCUGAGGCAUUAAAGAUGAGCGGCGUGGAUAAAAAAAGCAUUACACCCAAUGCGUUGAAUUCAGCUGUUGCUCAACCCAUCAAGGAUGCUGCAACAACGCAACGUUUAGCAAAAUUAAGAUCCUUGCUUUUCCAACAACAACGAAAAGCGAAGCGAUUAGGAAAAAUAAAGUCGAAAACAUUUAGAAAAAUGUAUCGUAAAACAAAAGUUGAAGAGCGCGAAAAAUUAUUAAGUCAAAUUGAAACGGAAAAUCCUGAGUUAGCAGAAGAAAUACGGCGUGAUUUUGAGAAGAAAAGGGCAUCUGCUCGAAUGUUAAAGCAAGAACAUGCGCGCAAAAAAUGGGCAGAAAUGGCUGUACGAUUUGGUGGUAGCAGUAUGAUCAAGGUUGUUUCGAAACAAAUGCAAAACGCCAAGGAUGAAAAAGACGCUGUUAAUCGUGUAUUACACGCGAAACCUGGAAACGUUAUUAAAAAUCCAAGUGAUGAAUCUGACAACGAAGAUACAACGACUUUGAGCGAUAGGGAUAACAAUGAAGUCCACCAUAAGGCGUGUGUUGAAAAUAAACUCCGCAAAAUGUUGAAAGUUGGGACAGAGGACGGGAUUUCGAGUGAUUCCGAUGUCCCAGCACUCUUGAAGCUAUCUUUUAUGAAAAAGGCAAUGCAAAAGCAAAAACACCAAAAUAUGUUAUUAGAAAAAAAAACAUUAGAGGAUUUAACACAAUUCAAUGACAAGGUAGAAGAGAUUUCAAGGAAGAGAAAAAAAAAAUCUUCGCGUGGUUUACAUGUCAAUGUUCAAGACGACUGCUCUAGUAGUAGUGACAAUGAUUCGGACACAACGAAAGACACUUCACCUCAAAUGUUUUCAAAAAGAAAAUUACCUGUUAUUCCAAAAGAAUUAUUAGAUCAAACUCGUUUGGACAUUGAGAAGAAAAAACAUAAAAAUCUUGUGGAGUUACCAACAAGCAUGGCGACACAAUCGUCAGUUUUAAUGCCCGCUAAAGACGAUUUGUGCAAUAUACCAGAAGCUAUUCAUACAUUGAUUGAAUCAAUAGAAGAGAAAAAUAAUUCUCUUUAUGAUAAAAAAGAUCAAGAAGCGUUUAUUCAAGAGGCUUUUUUGAUAAGCAGCACUAAUGAAAAAGAUUUUGAACAGUCUUGUAUUCAAAAUGAAGAAGAAGAUAACAAUGACAAAGUGACGAAAACGAGUGAAUGUCACUCAAGAUACCCACCUGGAUGGGGUCAUUGGACUGGAGGAGGAACGCGUACUUGUUUGCGUCAAAGUGAAAAUGUGUUACACAAAGAAAAAAGCAAUCGAAAUAAUCUUGUUGGUCGUAUUUAUAUUAAUAGACGUUUAGAUCGAAAACUGGCUCCUUAUUUUACGAAAACGUUACCGUUUCCUUACAAUUCGAAAGAACAAUUUGAAAUGUCUCAAAAACAUCCGCUUGGUCCCGAAUGGAAUACUUUAAAUGCACAUGAAAGACUUGUGAAACCUCGGGUUCAUGUUCAACCUGGAACGAUUAUUUUACCAUUGGAGCAUGUCAAACAUUUACCUGAAGAUAUUGUUGACAGUUUUCUUAAUGCUUGGGACGUUAAAAAGUCAUCAAAAAAUAAAGCUCCCAAAGCCAAUCUUUAA